AUGUGCGGCAGCUGGCAGUCCGCCGCAUUGCGGGGUGCGGCAGCUCUGCUGGCGGCGCUGCUCCUCCACCUGGGCGACGGCGGCGCUGGCGGCGGCGGCAGCGUGGCGCAGGCCUCUGUGGCCGAGGACCGCCUGCUGGAGUUUGUGCGGCAGGUGGAGGUCAAGGUGGACAGCGCGGUGGAGGCUGUCAAAGAUGUGGCCAGCCAGGGCGCCGCGGAGGGCCCCGAUGCGGCUGCAGGGCGGGAUCUGGUGGAGGAGGUGUGCGAGGUGGUGGAGGCCAACUUUGCGGAUGCUCGCAACGCGGGGUACAGCCGCGCGGCGUGGCUGGAGCUCAAGGAACGCAUGCUGGCGCGCCCGCUGCGCGACCGCGCAGCAGCACACAACGCGAUCCGGGAGCUUCUGGCGCAGCUGCGCGACCCCUACACCCGCUUUGUGCCUGCCGCCGACUUUGCGGCCAUGCGCAAGUACGAUGUGUCUGGGGUGGGCCUCAACCUGGGCACGGCAGAGGAGUUUGCCAACAAGACGGGCCUUGCGCUGCCCGAGGGGCGGCCCAGCUCCAGCCAGGCGGCGGCGGAGGGCGUGUGGGUGCUGGGCCUGAUCCGCGGCUCGGCGGCCGACGCGGCAGGGCUGCAGCAGGGAGACCAGCUGCUGGAGCUGGAUGGCGCGGCGCUGGGCGGGCAGUCGCCCUUUGCGGUGGCAAGCCUGCUGCAGGGGCAGGAGGGGGAGGAGGCGGGGCGGGGGCUGGGCCUGGAGGGGGCGCCGGUGCGCAAGUUUGACGGCAGCGAGCAGCGGCUGACGCUGCAGCGGCCGGUGCGCGUGCUGCAGUCGCCCGUCAGCGAGCGGCUGGAGGGGGGGGCGGGUGGCGAGCGUGUGGGCGUCAUCAAGCUGGCAAACUUCAACGCUCGGGCGCAGCGCGACACGCUGGCCGCGGUGCAGCGGCUGCAGGCCGCGGGCGCGGGCCGGCUGGUGCUGGAUCUGCGGGACAACCGGGGGGGCCUGGUGUCUGAGGGCAUCGAGGUGGCGCGCCUCUUCCUGGAUGGCGACGCGCUGGUGGUGCGCACAGAGGGCAGGGCGCGCGCCUCCUCCGCCCCCAUCACAGCGCCCGGGCCCGCCGCCACCGCAGCCCCGCUGGUGGUGCUGGUGGACGGCCACACCGCCAGUGCCAGCGAGAUCCUGGCGGGCGCGCUGCAGGACAACUGCCGCGCGGUACUGGCGGGGUCGCGCACGUACGGCAAGGGGCUCAUCCAGAGCGUGUACGAGCUGUCGGAUGGGUCUGGCCUGGUGCUGACGGUGGGCAAGUAUGUGACACCCAGCGGCACAGACAUCGACCGGGAGGGGCUGCGUCCAGACUUCAGGGCGCAACCGGGCGCCGCGGCAGCCGACCAGGCCAUCCACGCGUGCAGGGUGCGGCGCGCAAUGGCGCCGGCACCGGCCGCCGCGGCGGCGCAGCAGGCGCAGCAGGCCGCGACCCGCCCCCCGGGGCUGUGA